CCGGUGGGAGGGGGCCCGAGGGGUGGGGCUGGCGCAGCAGCUGGCGCAGCUCAGACCCGGAGAGCAGCCGCCACCGCCGCCGCGGUGCCGCCACAUUUCCCCCUCCUAUCCCUCCCCUCCCGCCCCGAGCCCGGGGUCUCCUCCCUUCAUCAGGCCCCGGUCCCCGGGUGCUGCAACAGCGGCGGUGUCUUUCGUGGCUUCCUCACGGGGAGCGUCGCCCGGGGCCCCGUGAGCUUUUUCCGCCCCCCAGGAUGGGCACGGUGCUGUCUCUGUCGCCUGCCUCCUCGGCCAAGGGCCGUCGGCCAGGCGGGCUGCCGGACGAAAAGAAGAAGCCGCAGCCCUCGGCUGGGGAGGAGUCACUGGGAGGCUACGGGCAGCUGCCGUCGGGCAAAGGAAGCAAGGGCGAGAGCCGGCUGAAGCGACCGUCGGUUCUCAUCUCAGCGCUCACCUGGAAGCGCCUGGUGGCCGCGUCCGCCAAGAAGAAGAAGGGCAGCAAGAAGGUGACGCCCAAGCCCGCUCAGGCUGGCUCUGACUUACUGGUCCAGCAGCGCAACCGUGAGAACCUUCUUCGCAAGGGCCGGGAGCCCCCAGAUGGUGGAGGCGCCUCCAAGCCCCUGCCGGUCCCUGUGCCCACCGUGCCCACUACCGCCGAGCCGACCUCCGGAGUCAGUGUCUCGGCCCCGCCGGGCUCGGGAGGGGGAGGAGGGAAGCCGCCUCCGCCGCCGCCGCCUGCGGCCCCCCAGGCUCCUUCAGUCCCUGGAGGUUCCCCGCGACGGGUCAUUGUACAGGCCUCCACCGGCGAGCUACUACGCUGCCUGGGCGACUUUGUAUGCCGGCGCUGCUACCGACUAAAGGAGCUGAGCCCUGGGGAGCUGGUGGGCUGGUUUCGAGGGGUGGACCGGUCCCUUCUACUGCAGGGGUGGCAAGACCAGGCAUUUAUUACCCCGGCCAACCUGGUGUUCGUGUAUCUGCUGUGCCGGGAGGCGCUGCGCGGGGACGAGCUGGGCUCGGCCGCCGAGUUGCAGGCUGCCUUCCUCACCUGCCUCUACCUCGCCUAUUCAUACAUGGGGAACGAGAUCUCCUACCCGCUCAAACCUUUCCUAGUCGAGCCCGACAAGGAGCGCUUCUGGCAGCGUUGCCUGCGGCUGAUCCAGAGGCUCAGCGCACAGAUGCUGCGACUCAACGCCGACCCCCACUUCUUCACCCAGGUCUUUCAGGACCUCAAGAACGAGGGCGAGGUCGGUAUGGGGGCUGGGGGUCCCACGGGCGGUGCCGCCACGAACGCCAGGGACAGCAACGCUGGAGCCAAGCACUGGACUAUGAAUCUGGACCGCUAGGAGGCGAUGCUGCUGCCGCCACCGCCAAGGGGCACCUGGGCCGGAGACUGGGGAUGACUGAGUCCUCUCCCCCUCCUCUCCCCCUGGACACAUACAAGGAGCCCCUGGGACGCCGCCGCCACCACCACUGUUGCUGCUGUUGCUGCUUCUCCACCCAGCUGCCCCCCUACAACUGAGGAGAUGCCACCACCCAUUGGAGUAUGGCGAAUGGGACACCUGGGUCUUGCUGGUCUUGGAUUUUCGGGGAGGGGGGGAUCUGAACAGUGGGAGAGGGAGAGGAAGAGUGGGGAAGAGGAAAUGGGAGAGGGGAAUGAAUUCUCUCCUCUUCUGCGGGUGGAUCCCUUUAUUGCUUUCUCUGCCCAGCUCUCCUACUGUCUAUAUAUGUGUCUCUUAUGUCUCCUCUUUUCUUCUCCUAUCUCUAUGCUUUAGUAUCUGUCCUUCUCUCCUGUCUUUCUGAAGAUGUCUCUGUCCAUUUCUUCUGUUUGUAUGAGUAUCUGUCUACCUCUUCUGUGUCUCUUUUCUCUCCUCCUGUCUGUACAUAUGUCUGUCUAUCUCUCCUUCUGUUUUUAUAUAUCUGUCCUUUUCUCCUGUCUGUGUGUCUCUAUCUCUCCUCCUAUCUUGGCAUGUGUGUCUCUGUUCAUUGAAACUCCUGCCUCUUUCUCGUCAUCUCUCUUGUCCAGAUAUUGACUUGUGUCUUCCCAUCUCUCCUCUUCUUUGGAAGUAUGUCUCUGUCCAUCUCUCUGAAAGUAUGUGCACUCAUGUCUCCUAACCUAUGCCCAUUUUUCUUUUUGUCCAUUUCUCCUCCUUUCUGGAUGUAUGUCUGCCCAACUUUUGUAUGUUUCUUCAUUGUGUGUGUGCAUGUAUGUGUGAGCCUGUGUACCCUUCAGUCCAUCUCCUCUCUUCUGGAUCUAUGACUGUCCUAUUCUCUGAUUAUCUCUUCCCCUUUUCUCCAUGUGUUUUUCUCUGUCCACCUUUUCUAGUGUCUAUGUGAGUCUCUGAUUCUCCAUCCCCCCUCUUCCUCCCCUUUCCCUCUGAAAGAUUGGAUUGACUGUGGUUGGGGGCUGUCUUUCCUGCAGCAGAAAGUUGCGGCCUUGGGAGCUCAACCACCAGGAUGUCUCUUGUUCUCUCCCCACCUUUUCUGACGUGGUGCAUGCCGGGAGAGGGGGAGGUGAUGCAGGCUGAGGGAGUUGGGGUGGGGGAGAGAUUCCACCCUGAGUCCUAGGGUAGGGGUGGAUUGGGAGAGGCCCUGGCGGCAGCUCAGCAGAAGAGGGGGUGGGGAGAAGAAAGAAAACUCUUCUCACUUUAGAAGAGGUCUUCCCCCCCACUUCAGCUCCCCUUCCCACUAUUUUUUUUCUUGUUAUUUAUUUGGAUGAUUUCAGGAAGUGAUCCCUGGGGGAGGGAAGGGGAGGGAGAGGGCUGGCGGGCCGGGAGCUGUCCGAGGUGCUGAGCCGGGGCCUAGUUCCCUGGGGGGAGGGGGCCUAAGGCCGGAUUGGGCCUGGGGGCCGUGUACAACGUGCCAAUGUUGCGGACCGAAGGCGCGGGCUGAACUAUCUGUCUGUCCCUGAGGAAGCUAUAAAGCGCUGGAAGCGCCUGCAGAAGGC